CUAAACUUGAUGCUGUGUUUACUUUUUAGGCUACCUCAAUAAUGCGUCUUCAUCUGCAAUGCCUAAUUUGAAAACAAGCAGCAAGAGUAGCUGAAGAUGGAGGAUUCCUCAGAGGGGGAUGUGCAAUGCAGUUGUGGAAAGCGUUCUGGUCCAAAAGGAGAUGGUGACCAUGAACAUGCGGGCUCCAUGGACCAUGUGAGAUCACCCUCUCCAAAGCUGGACUGUGUGUCUACGGACUAUGAACCUGCCAUAGAUGAUGCAGGAGAUGUUUCUGUUUCCCAAAGCUUCACGGAUUGUAAGAUAUCACCCUCAAGAGAGCUGAGUUAUGUGUCCAUGGAAAGUGACCAGCCCAUGGAUGACUCCAUGCCCGUUGAUGAAGAUGUUCCUGGUCAGAGUUUCCAGAGUGAUCCGUUCAAUAUGGAAAUGCAAGAGGCACACAAAUCUUAUCUGCUAAAAAAGUUUCAGUCUCUGAUGGAAGGACUCACAGAUGAGAGGAACCCCACACUUCUGGAAAAUAUCUACACAGACCUCUACAUCACAGAGGGUGGGAGAGGAGAGAUCAAUAGAGAACACGAGAUCACACAGAUAGAGAGGGCAUCCUUGAGAAAAGCAUCCAAAUGCAAGGCAAUUAAAUGCAGUGAGAUCUUUGAAUCCUUAUCUAAACAAGUCAAGACAUCCUCUGAAGAAGUGAAACCUGUUGGAAUAGUGCUGACAAAGGGAGUGGCUGGCAUCGGAAAAACAGUCUCGGUACAGAAGUUAAUUGUGGACUGGAUUGAAGGAAAGUCGAUUCAGGAUGUCAACUUCAUAUUUCCACUUCCUUUCCGAGAGCUGAACCUGAUGAAGGAGAAAGACAUCAGUUUAGUGGAUCUCAUUAAAUACUUUUUCUCAGGCAUAGAGGAUCCAGGAAUCUUCACCUCAAAGCAGAGUGUCAUGCUCAUUUUUGAUGGUCUGGAUGAGUGCCGCCUUCCUCUAGAUUUUCGCUCCAACCCAGAGUGCUUUGAUGUGGCAGAGUCAGUCCCACUGGACGUGCUGCUUACAAACCUAAUUAUGAAAAAUCUGCUACCCUCUGCUCUCGUUUGGAUCACCACCCGACCAGCAGCAGCCAGUAAGAUCACUGAUUCAGUGAUAGUGAAUCAGGUGAAUGAGAUAAGGGGGUUUAACGACCAACAGAAGGAUGCCUACUUCAGGAAGAAGCUUGACAAGAGCCUGGCUGACAAAACCAUUGCGCACCUGAAGUCAUGCAGGAGUCUAUACAUCAUGUGCCAUAUUCCAAUCAUAUGCUGGAUUGCAGCUUCAGUAGCAGAAAGAAAGUCAGAUGGAUUAGGGAGUGUGGUGAUGCCAAGGACUCUCACUCAGAUGUACAUACAAUUCCUGAUCUUUCAGAUCAAAGUAAAAGGAAUCAAGUACACAGAGAGGGAUGAGAGUAAGGAAGAGAGUGAUGAGAGAAAUGAAGAGAUGCUUUUCAAACUGGGGAAACUAGCUUUCCAACAGCUAGAGGAGGGAGAGCUGAUCUUCUAUAAAGACGACCUGGACAACUGUGGCAUUGAUGUCACAGAAGCAUCCGUUAAAUCAGGAUUGUGUACUCAGAUCUUCAGAGAAGAAGGGAUGAACAUUGGAGUGUCUCGGGCAAGAGUGUUCAGCUUCGUUCACCUGAGCAUUCAGGAGUUCCUUGCAGCUUUAUAUGUGUUCAUCAGAAGAGAGAGAAACAUGCCUGACCGACCACAAUCCUCUCGGCUAUCUGCUCUAUUCAGAGUACCACAUCUACACGACGUACACAAGAGUGCAGUUGACCUGGCCUUGCAGAGUGAGAAUGGAGACCUGGACCUUUUCCUCCGCUUCCUUCUGGGCCUCUCACUGGAGUCAAAUCAGAUUCUCUUAAGAAGCAUACUGCCAGAAAGAAGAAGCAUACUUCCAGAAACCAGAAGCCAAUCACAGAACGCAGAGCAAACUAUCCAGUUAGUGAAAAAGAUGAUCCGAGCUCAGAGUGAGAGAGAAAGAGAGAUCAACUUGUUCUACUGUAUGAAUGAGCUGAAUCAGCAUGCUGUAGUGGAGGAAAUUGACAGGAGAUCAGGAACUUUGCUUGUGAAGAUGCUUAUACCAGGAGAGUGGAAGACGGUGGAGUUCAAGUUUAAAACUGACCUGGAUGAGUUUGAUCUGAGAAGUUACAUGGAAACACCAGAGAUGGAUAAGACAGAAGUCCUCUUUCCAGAUGAUGUCCUCCAGAAGCUGAUACCAUCUGAUGUAUUCAAAUCAUCCCCCUCAGCAAAGCUGUAUAGAUGUAAUCUGUCAGAGAAGAGCUGCACCUACCUGGCCUCUUCCCUGACUGCAAACUCCUCAAGACUCACACGGCUGCAGUUGAUUAUGCAGCUGAAGGACCCAAACAAGGAGUAUGAAUCAUCAUUGACUGUGUCAUCUUUAGCUGGUCGCAAGUCCUGGGAGUUGAGUUUGGAGAGUUGUAUUCUGACUGAGGAGAUCUGCCAUCUGGUCUCUGCGCUGACCUCACACACAACUACACUCGAUGGGAGAUGCCUGAGGGAAGAGGAGGUGGAACGUUUAUGUGCUAUUCUUAGUCAUCAAGCCUGCAGACUGAAGACUUUAACGCUGUGGUACUGUCCUUUGACAGAGAGGAGCUGCUCCUAUUUGGCCUCUGCUCUCACCUCAAGCUCUUCGCACCUCACACUUCUGCAGCUGAAGGACCCAGACUGGAAGGAGUGUUUAUCAUCAUCAUUAUCAUCCCUUACUGUGUCAUCUUCAAGUGGUUGCCAUUCAGAUUGCAAGCGUUGGGAGUUAAGGCUGCAGGACCAUCAAUUGACAGAUGAGAUCUGUUCCUGUUUGAUCUCUGCUCUGAUCUCACACACAUCUACACUCUCAGGGAAACGCCUGAAGGAUCAGGAGGGGGAACGUUUAUGUUCCACUCUUGGUCGUCAAGACUGCAGACUGGAGGAACUAACACUUGAGUCCUUUACCCUCUCAGAGAAGAGCUGCUCCUAUCUGACCUCUGUCCUAACCUCACAGUCCUCAUGCAUCACACAACUGCAACUGCAUGUCCAUACAUUAUAUGAAUCUGCUGCUGAGAAGCUGCUUGCUCUGGAGAAUGACCCACGCUAUCAGGUGUGCGGUUAUUUUGAUCCAUCUGUGAGACUGCUGGAUAUGAGUUGUCGCAGACUGGAGGAGUCUGAAGUGAGAACACCGUCUGCUGACGACCCACAGCAAACUGAAGAGAUCUAUACAGAUCUCACAGUUGCAGCAGAUACACAUGCCUCCACUAGCAGCUCCCAUGGACAUACAGCAAAUACACAGCUCAACAUUCAGCAAUGCACUUCCCCAGCUCCCUGUGAGAGUAUGUCCCUUCAAGAUGAACCCUUCAAGAUGAUCAAAACAACGGGGAAGCACGUUUUGGAAGUAGGACUAACGCAGGGAGCAGAUGACCAGAAGACACAAGACUGUGCUGACACACCCUACACCACAGAAUUGCACACAGCGGACAUGACGGACGACCAGCUGGUGAAGGUGGCCAAGUGCAUGGGCGGGGAGUGGAAGGUGGUCGGCAUCGGCUACCUGGGAGUGUCCGUGCAGGAGCUGGACAAGAUCCAGGAGUCGGAGCGGAAUGUGACAAUGCAGCGCAUCCGCAUGCUGGACCUGUGGAGGAUGAAGAACAAGGGCAAGGCUGGACUCAGGGAGCUGCGCAACUGUCUGGAUGAGGACGACGUGCCCAAUGAAGUCAGAGAGUGCCUGGAAAAGAUGUUGAAGAUCAGCUGUGGCUGACUACUGCAUUGGAAGAAAGGGAUACACUGGACUAAGGAAGGACUAAAACAGAAUAGACUGGCCUUUUAGUCGGCCAGGGGACUAUUCCAUCAAUAGGAUUAACCCCAAAUCAAGUCUUGCAUGGCGAAAUGUUAUAGUUCUGAAAUCUUCACAAAUAUACAGUAUAUUCUCUCCUUUGAUGUCGCUUUAUGGCUGGCGAUGAUUACGUCGCCGAUGAUUGUUUUUCGCAUUGCAAUGAUUCAGCAAAUGCAUUCUGCCUAAUGUUUGCCUAUGCCUUGAUCCUAAAACAAAUUCUUCUUAAAGAACGUUAACAGUUGAUAUUAAAUGAACCAUUUGGCAUGGAUAGGAUUUUGGAUUUUGGCUUGUUUUGGGCAGGUUCAGGCAGUAUUCAAACUGCCACUUGUGUCCUAUGUGUACUUAACACAUUGAGUACCAAGACGGUAAAAUUGCGUGAUUUGAGGUUUUUUUUCUUGCACGUUUACUGUUUAUUGUUUACGUAAUGCACAAUUCAACUUUGUUUUUUUAUUAUUUCAAAUAAUGUGCAAUGGCUGGUGUAUAUUGGUGUAAAUUGGUACUGUGCAUUUUUCGGGCUUAAAGGGUCUUAUGCUUUGGGACAAGGUUUAAUGAGUAUAUUAGUUUACUGAUUUUAUACUAUUUUUUUGUUUAAUUGAGGAAAUUUCCUUGAGGGACACCUCCUUCUGCCCACAUUUUAGACUGUAAGAUGGCAGCAAAUAAACGAA